AUGCUGAAAGACCUUGGCAGCCUCAAGAACUGCUGGCUCGUGCUAUGUGUCUAUUCUACGUGUACUGUGAUUCUUUCACUAUUACCUGCCAUAACUCUAUGGUAUUCUGGUCAAAUGAUAAAAAUAGUCGAGUCUGCCGUGCAAACGCGGAGUGUUGACAAGGCCGUACUAAUUAGAGUUGCUGUCGGACGAAUGGCUGUUGCAGUAGUGAAACGGCUCAUCAAUCACGUCAAAAGUAGGACUAUGUUAAUACUAGACCAGCGUAUCAAGGCACACUAUGGGGGACACAUCUUUGAGGCAUACGCACGACUGGACCUCCCGACAUUCGAAGACCCCAUCGUACGACGUCAGCUUGAAGGAGCAGCGGGCGGACGGACUUCAGUCGCAUGGGAUACCGUGCAAAUGCUUGCGAAUACAGUAUCACACGUCAUACAGUUGGUAUCUCAGGUUUCCGUUCUGCUUAAUGUCCUGCGUGGGCACCAAGAUGGUACUUUGAUAGCCCUCUUAAGCUUCAUCUCACCCUUGUUGCAAUGGAUGCGUUUUCAGCAAUAUAUCUUUCGCGGAGCAUGGGCGGCUACGUGUCGCAAUGAUGACUAUAUUAGAAUACAAGGCUUGAAACGAAUGGUCACAAGUCCCGCACACCGUAAAGAAAUUGUCGCGGGUAACCUCUCCGACCGCCUAAUCAAAGAGUUCUACGUUUCCUUGCAGGGAGUAGGUGAUGAUGGGGGCGAGUUUUAUGAGCUACGACGAAAACAUUUCCUUCGUGACAGACUCACUUCACUGUCUCUCCUUUCCGAACCUCUCAAGGAAAUGCCACAAAUCGUCUUUGCAUUGCGUGCAGUCCAAUACCCUGCUUCAAUACCUGUCACACUAGCGUCUCUGCACCUAAUCCAAUCGACUGUCUCGUCCUUCUCGCACUCUCUCCUGUCGUUCUUCGAUGAAUUUGGCUCCGUUGCGGAUCACCUUGAUUCAAUUCGCAAGUUAUAUGGAAUCGGGAAUAUCCGGCUAAAAGUCGUAGAUGGAACAGAACCAUACCCGGAAAAUGCGCAAGAAAUCAAUUCGGGCAUUUCUGUCGAAUUCAGACAUGUAUCUUUCAAAUACCCGGGCAGUGACGUGUUUGCUCUAAAUGACGUCUCAUUCAAGAUAGAUCGUGGGCAGCUUUGUGUCAUAGUUGGCACUAACGGCAGUGGGAAAAGCACGAUACUCAAACUUCUAAACCGACUUUACGACCCUUACGAAGGCGAAAUAUUAAUAGAUGGCAAGAAUAUAAAGACUUUGAGGUUGAAGGACUUGAGGCAUGCUAUUGCCGUUCUCUUCCAGGACUACUCUCAUUUCCCACUUUCAAUUAAAGAUAAUAUCGGACUUGGUGAUCCAUACUCACCGUACGACGAACAUCGAAUUGAACAAUCCGCGAAGGCAGGUGGUGCAUACGACUUUGUUGAGAAGCUUCCAGACGGCUUCGAUGCAUACCUCGAGCGUCCCGUCCCGGAUCAUUAUUCUGCUCUUCCAGAGGGUACAAAGACACUCUUCGGUCGUACAUUAGAUCAUAAUCGAGUCCGAAGAGCGGGCGAGAUGGGUGUUGCAGAGUCGAGCUCGUUGAGUGGUGGACAAAUGCAGAGACUUGCCGUCUGUCGAACGUUCAUGCGCUCGGUCGCGGAGGAUAGUGGUGUUGGUCUUCUCCUUUUUGAUGAGCCAAGUGCUUCAUUGGAUCCCCAAGCUGAGCACGAUUUAUUCGAGCGCUUACGAGCACUCCGUGGAAACAAAACGAUGAUUUUCUCGUCACAUCGAUUCGGAAACCUGACUCGACACGCAGACGUCAUCUUGUAUAUGAAAGAUUCAGUCGUGGAGGAAGUCGGAACACACGAUUCUCUAUUGCGACAAGGCGGAGGUUAUGCGAGUAUUUACAACCUGCAAGCAAAAGCUUUCUUGCCAUGA